AUGGCCCCGAGAAUCAAGCACAUAGCGCUCCACACCGAGGACCCCGUGGCCACCGCCGAGUGGUACAAGACCUGCUUCGGCCUCGAAGAGCUGCGUCGCUCCCCCGACGGAGGCGCCGAGGGCGUAUGGCUCACCGAUGGCUACAUCUACUUCGCCAUCCUGAAGAUGGGUACGGAAGACGCCCCCAACCUCGGCGAGGGCCCCUCAACCGUCAAGGGCGUGCACCACAUCGGCUUCUACGUCGAUGACAUGGAAGACGCCGUCUCCACUGUUGAGGACCACGGAGCCACCGAGUGCCCCGGCAGCAGCCGCGCCAACCGCAAGUACAAGGGCCCCGACGGCCUGAUGAUCGACCUCCGCGUCCGAGGCUGGGACGAGCAGAUCCGCGCCCGCAGCACCCUAUACGAGCUGGUCGAGGCACCGCCCCGUGAGCCCGCGGCCACCCCCGCCGACGACUAG